AUGUCUCGCCUAUCAACUAGUCAAAAACAACAACAUUCUACUAAUAAUUCUAAUAAUAAUACAAUUUUUCUUCGUGUCUUAUCAGCAAUUUUUUAUGCAAUAUGUUCAAUUACUGUUAUUUUUGUUAAUAAAAUUUUACUUACAAAUUACAGAUUUCCUUCCUUUUUGUAUGUUGCAUUUGGGCAAAUGCUUACAACAGUUGUAAUACUUUAUUUACUUAAACGCCUCAAAUUUUUGUCUUUUCCUAAAAUGGAUGUUUCCAUCCCGGAAAAAAUUUUUCCGUUGCCUAUUUUCUUUGCAGGUUUUUUUUCAAAAUAA